AUGGAUAAGCUUUCUCACCUUAUAGUUGAGGCUAUGGGUAACAAUAAGUGGAAUCCCAUGAAAACUGGAAGAAAUGGUCCUACCAUCUCCCAUCUUAUGUUCGCGGAUGACCUUGUUUUAUUUGGUGAAGCUAACAUGGACCAAUUAGAGGUGAUGAUGGGAUGCCUCAAAGACUUUUGUGAUAUAUCAGUCCACUUAGUUAGUAUUGAAAAGACUACGAUCUAUUUCUCCAGGAAUACAAGUCAUAUGAUCAAGGAGGAGAUCACUCGGGCUAGUGGCUUCUCUGUUGCCAAUUCUAUGGGAAAGUAUCUUGGAUCUAUGCUUUAUCAUGGCCGAGGGAAGAUGAGGAACUUUGCUGGCGUGCUUGAGAGAGUUAAAUCUCCUCUCUCCAAUUGGAAAAACAAUCUUUUAUCCUUUGCUGGUCGGCUUGGAGAAUGGUCAAUAAUAAGGAAGCUCUCUGGGCUCAGGUUCUGUCUGGAAAAUAUGCAAGGAACCUGGAUAUUAGAAGACAAGUCAAAAAUCCAACCUUAUGAUUCGGCCCUAUGGAAAGGAUUGGGUCGCAUUUGGAAUGGAUUCCUAGACAACUUGCAAUGGGAUGUUGACAAUGGGAAGGAUACUUAUUUAUGGCAAGAUAGGUGGACCAACCUUAAGAAGCCCCUCUGUGAUUAUGUCUUGCCCAAUCAAAUGGCUACUGACUUUGAAGCCAAAGUGGUUGACAUGGUGAAUUUGAUAACAGGAGAUUGGCUAUUAGAGAAUAUUUCUGAUAUUUUUUCUUUGAAGGCUGUGAACUCAAUUCGAGCUACUUUACCUCCUUCUAUUGAGCGUGGGGAUGAUGGCCUGGUUUAG